ACGACUCGAAACAUGUUUCUUAUAGGUUUUCGACAAUGCUCUUUCCAGUGGCAUCGUUUUUAAAUAUUGAGAAAGUUUUCUGAAGGGUUUUCCAGAGACCGGAUCUCUGGAAAACUCCUUAGAAAACCUUUUCAAAACCCAACUCUCAUACCAUUAGAAAGAGGAUCAUGAAAAACCUAUAAAAAAAUGGUUCAUGAAAUUUUAGUUCACUCAUAAAGCUAAAGUCCGCCUGGUCUAGCAAAAAAUGCCCACUGUGGGCAGUAACACAACUACCAGCUCAUUAUGUUAUCAUUGAGAAUCUCAUUCAAUCCAGUAAACAACAUUUUGAAGACACCAAAUCAAUGAUUAACGAUCAUAAAGAGCAUCUUGAUAAUCAUAUGCGCAUUAUGGAUAAACAUAAAGAACAAUUUGACAGCCAUAUGAAGAGUAUUGAUAAACAUCACCAAACAUUUAAACUAACCUAUUCAAUAUUGGGUUUGUUCAUCAUCGUAUUACUAUUGGUAUUACUUAUUAUUCUAUCUUGUUUAUGUAAAAAAUAUAUACAUUGUAAAGACUUAAGUCAUGCUCAACGCUUCUUAGAUCUAAUAAGAUUUAAUAUACAACAACAAGCACCAGCACAACGUUCAAAUACUACACAAGAUAUAGCAACAAUUGAUAAUCAUGCAUUAACAAGAGAUUUGUCAAAUGCUUUCGCUUAG